CCGUAUGAACAGUCACCCAGCUGCUGUAUUGGACCCAACCUUUGGAUCCCACAUGCUUCCAAGCUUCAUGGGUCUGGGCAAAGUCUGGACACUGGUUCCAAAUCUGCUCUCUCAGGCAUGCUGUGUUGAUCUGGGGAAUCUGCCUGUCCAAUUUAUGAAUGAUGUGAGAUUAUGAACUCUCUGUAUAUAUCUUUACCAAGCUGCAAACUCCAUUUUUAACAUGCAACAGUUUGCAAUCUCUUUGUCUCCCUGUUAGACUGGAAUUCCAAAGCUGGCUGGCAAAAAGAUAACAGAAGAAGGUUGUUAACUUAAGUGCUUGACCACUGAAAUGUAAUAGCUCUAGACCAAAGACUGGCUCCCAGCCAGGAGACCUAGUUUGUCAGGGAGAAGUUGCCUAACAAUGAAAUCCUCUGGUAGGACUCUGUGGUCACCUGUUAAGGGGCUGGAAGAAUAUGAAGGGCCAAAACUGCUGUUUGCACCCAGUUAGUCUCCCUCCAGCCAUCUUUCACCUGUUUAAGGAGCCCCAGCAUCAGCCUGUGAGAAUAUGAUGCCUGUGCAUAUGGGGGUCCAGCCCCAGCCAACUCCAGCCCCCUAUGAGAUCCAGGUUGAUGCAUCUUCCUUCGUGAACAGGCAGCCAAUUAAUGUUCAGAUUGUAGGGCCAGGAUACAGAGGCCUGUUGCUGGAAGCUCGCACCUUUGGCUCCACGGCUGCACUUGGCACUUGGCAGAAUCCUGCCAAUAACACUAAGUUCUUACAGUGCUCUGGAAACCCAAAAGAUGUGAUUACUCAUUCUAACACCGAGUUAAAAACAAGCCUGACCACUUAUACCUGGCUGCCCCCAACCUCUGGUUGCCCUGCCAUUAUUACAUUCAUGGCAACUGUAGCACAGUCUCGUGAAAUUUACUGGCUCGGUGUCCAAUCCAAAGUGAUCUGGAGAGAGUCUAAAGCUACAUGUGGUGCUGAGAAGUUUACAUGGACAGUUACUGUUGUGACAAUGAUGUCUUUCCACUUAAUAUAAGUAGCCAGGCAAAAGAAGUAAGUGUUGGAGUUUCAGAGGAUCUAUUCAAUGGCUAACGAAUACAGACCCUGUAUACAAUCACUACAUUUGCUUCUGCCAUGAAGUGGAUUCUGGAAGCCUAAGGCCUAUGUCUACACACGUUAUACUGUUUUUAAAUUGUACCAAUAGAGUUAAAGUAAUACAACCCUCUACAGUGCAGUUAUACUGGUACAGCUUAUUCCCUACAGGCACGUUAGACAAGUAUAACAAUGCCCCCUCAAUAGGCAUUGCCAUCACAACCCUAACCAAUGCCGUUUUAAUAUUACAUGAUCUGUAUGUAGACUAGGACUAAGGUUAAAGUUGAGUAGUACAAAGCCAUAGUGAAAUCUCAGAAGCUAAAACAGACCUGAGAAACAAAAUUUAAUGCCAUGACUUCAACUCCAUUCUAAAUUAGAACCUAUAUAAGAUCAGCAUCUUUGAUUUGUAUAAGGAAUGGUAUACAUCAGGAUAUCACGACAAUAUCUGUAUACCUUUUCAUUAUACAUCAAUAGUACAAAACAUCUUUCAGAAUUAACAAACAAUGGCCUGCUGCAAUAAUUAAACCUCUUAUUUUACCCUAACUAAAUAGGCAUUGUAUUAGCUAAUGACACGUUAACAGCAGUGGUAUGCUCCAGAAGUAAUUUCUUAAAAGGCUGGUCAUUUCAUUAAGUAAUGACUGUAUUGCUACUUUUCUUUGCAACCUCUCCUUUUUGAGAAGGGUAACCUACAAUUGAUCAUGUGACAGCAGAAGUUGAUGCUUUUAACAGCUUUAUAAUGAAUACAAAGUUAAGGCUUAGCAUUGCUCAUUGCAUGCCAAUUUCAUGAGGAGGGACACAACCUCAAUAAAUGGUUAUUUUUGCUAUUUACAGCAGCUUAGUAGUCUAUUAGUGUAUCUGCAAGGAGUUCUACAGAUUACUGAAAGUAAUAGGCAUAUAAAUAAAGAUUUAACUCUCCCUGGCACUCCACUAACUUCUGUUGCAAGUUUCUUAGCUGGAAGCA